AUGGCAGGCCUCAAAUGUCUCUCCGGCUGGCAAUGGCUUUUUAUCCUGGAGGGUACACUUACUUUGCUGAUCUUUGUCUUCUUCGUGACGUUCCUCCCCGCCAACCCAUCCAAAACUGCCCCAUUGCAUCACAGCUGGGAUUUCUUCUCCGAACGAGAACUUCCUAUUGUGCGCGCCCGUGUCGUGGCAGAUGAUGAAUCAAAAACCACUGACAAUGCACAAAUGUCUCUGAAAUCCAUCGUUCAAGCUCUCUUAGAUUACCGACUACGGGUUCACAUGAUUCUCAACAUUGUCAGCCUGGCUCCGAAAGGUGGAUUGCAGCUCUACGGGCCUACCAUUAUCAAGUCGCUAGGAUUCUCUACAGUGAACGCGAAUCUGCUCAAUUCCGUGAGCAGCGUGCUGGUCAUCAUUCUUUCAUACCUAAUUGCAUUUGGAUCGGAUAAAACACACAUGCGGGGACCUUGGUGCAUUGUCGCCUUUAUCUGGUCAUUGCCUUUUCAGGCGCCUUGUUUGGCAUAG